UAUGCUUAAACCUAUGCAGGAAUGUUUUUCUCUUGCUCUUACAAGAUAAGUAGUCAACAUUGAAAUGGGUGCGCCCAUAUAUAAGGAGUGAUUGGUAAAAUAUUGUCGUGGUUGUUUAGAUAUCUACUUGACGACUUCGUGAAAUUUUUCGAAGAUGCUCAAAAUACCAUUUAGUUUGAUGUUAUUUAUGCUGUGUUCUCAUUCUAAUUGCGCUCAAGGACUAGCGACUAAGAAAAAUGUUUAUGCUACAAUACUUCAGGACGCUAGAAACGAACCAACCCCAGACGGUACUUUCGGGUACUUGUAUAAAACGGAAGAUGGCAUUGUCAGUUCGGCUAGAGGAGGACCGAACGGUGUAAUUCAAGGUGGUUUUUCAUACACUGACCCGACUGGUUUGAAAGUAAAUAUCAAUUAUAAUGCGGGAUCUAGAACAAGCCCUACUGCAGUUGAACCUUCAUCAAAAUCUGCUUAUUCAACUCCAUCGGUACCUGUAUCCUCUAGAUAUCGAAGCAACUUAAGAACAACCCCCUCGUCUAUGUAUAAUGAACCGAGAUACUAUAAUGGACCUUCUCAAGAAUACGACCAAUAUCAAGAACAGGAAUAUUUAGAACAAGAGCCGCGUUAUGUACCAAGACCUAGAGCACAACCAAUUUACAGAACACCACAGUAUACGUAUCAAAGAAGAAAUAGACCCAACAAUAAUGAAAUAUAUGAUGACUAUAACUAUAGAAACUGAACAAUGUUUAAAACAAUCUAUAAAACGUCUUUUUUGUUAACGGGAAUACACAUAAUUUUAAAAAAUUAA